AUGGCGUCCAGAAUUGUGGACAUUGAGGAGAAGAAGCAAGGUGGUUAUGCCUUGGGAACAGAGGUGGAUGAAUCAAGCUCGUUUGAUACGAUCAACGCGCUAGUUGCUGAAGACCAGCAACAUGACAUCAAAUUGCGAACCAUGUCAUGGCAGAAAACAGCCGUUCUCCUGGCUGGAGACCAAGUCUGCUUGGCUAUUAUGGCACAGUCGUGGUCUCUCAGUGUGCUCGGUUGGGUCCCCGGCAUCAUUACUAUGGUCCUCUCGGGCAUUCUAUUUUGGAUCACCUCCAUCACCAUGCACAAGUACAUCAUGAAGAACCCUCAGAUCAAAGAUAUUUGUGACUUUGGAUACUACGUCUUCGGACAAAGCAAGGCCGCCUACGUCUUUUCUGCUUUUAUGCUGUUGGCAAACAAUAUUCUCCUCGUUGGAUUCCAUAUCCUUACCGGCGCCAAGGUUCUCAACACCUUGUCCGGCCACACCCUGUGCACUGCAGUCUUCUCGGUUAUUGUUACAAUCAUGGGUAUUGUCAUGUCUACACCACGGACUCUGCGCCACGUCAGUUUCAUGUCCAUGUUUUCCUCUGCCUGCAUGGGAAUCGCAAUCCUCCUCUUCCUCGUCUUCGCCGGUAUCGAGGCCGCUCCUCUCUACGGAUACUUCGGAGACUACCCGACAGAUGGAGCCGUGAGAACAUAUGCAUUCCCUCUCCCGGGUACCACCUUCGUCCAAUGCAUGAAUGCCGUAUUGAACAUCACUUUCCUCUGGGUCCCGCAAAUUCUCUUCCCAUCGUUCAUCGCCGAAAUGGAACGUCCCCAGGACUUCCCCAAGGCUCUGGCCGUUCUUGCCGGCAUCUCAGCCAUCCUAUUCAUCGUGCCCCCCGCCAUCGGAUUCCGGUAUCUGGGACAGUACGCCACGGCCCCGGCCUUUGGCAGUUUGGGCGUUGUCUCGUACAAGAAGGCGUCCUUUGGCUUUGUGAUCGUCCCCACGCUCAUCAUCGGUGUGAUCUACGCCAAUGUCACGGCGAAAUUCAUCUAUCUCCGCCUAAUGGGCAAGUCAAGACAUGCACACAGCAACACCGUUAUUGGCUGGGGUGUCUGGGUUCUUGUUAUGGUUGUUAUUUGGCUGAUUGCGUUUGUUUUCUCCGAGGUGGUGCCUAGCAUGGGUGAUUUCCUGUCUCUGCUGGGCGCGGCGUUUGAUUCCUUCUUUGGAUUCAUCUUUUUCGCUGUCGCUUAUUGGCAGCUAAAUCGGGGAAAGCUGUUUGCUGGUCCCACGCAGACCGUUAUGACCUUGGUUAACGUUUUCAUCUUGUUUGUCGGGUUGUUCCUGUUGGGUCCCGGUCUUUAUGCGGCUGUCGAGGCUAUCAUAAGUGAUUACUCGGGGAGUGUGACGCCCGCCUUCACUUGCGCUAAUGCGGCUAUUUAA